AUGGGAGACACAGGUGGCUGCGACGGUCGCGCGAGGCGUGGUCGCCUCCGGCGAUGGCGACCACGUGAGGCGUGGGUGGCUCCGGCAUCCUCCGAUGAUCAUCUCCUCCGAUCUGGUGGCCUCAGCGGCGUCCUCCAGCGACGACCUCCACUAAUCCUUUAUUUAUUUGAAAACAAGGCAACACAAUGUUAA